AUUUCAACGUCUUGGAAAAGUUUCAUAUAAAAGGGAAGCUAGAAAAAUGAACAGUCAGAUUCAACACACUUCAAAGGAAGCUUGAGAUCUGGGGGACUGUCUGCUCUCAAACAGGUAAAAUGCUUUGUAUUUCUAGCACUUUUGUUUAGACUGCAUGCUAUUGUCUGUCUAUAGGGCAUUUUAUACCCUAAGGGCUUAAGGCCAGGUGUGGUGUCUAAAGAAGACUUGACCUUCCGGGUCCUUGUCACCUCCAGCCACAGAGCUCCAGCCCACGGGGAACUGCAAAAGCUCAUCAACCAAUAUUUGAUUCUGUCUUUAGCUUCUUCCCCACCAAUGGAAAUUUAAUCUGUGAGAAUUCCACAUGUCAUCAGAUGGCUCAAGGCUGCCGUGGCCAGGGAGGCAGCUGGUCUGGGACUCGGAGCUUUGGAAAGUGUGAGGUCCUCUCUCACGCUCACAGAUGGUCCAGUCGGCGGUCAUGUGGAAGACCAGAAGACACACACUCAGCAAAAUGCAAUUAGCGCUGUAGGGUAACCACUUCAUGUCAAGCAACUGUUAUCAGCCAGAGACUUCUAGUCGGAGCCACUUUUCAGAGCAGAUGGCCCAAUUUUCUUUAUCUCAGGAAAGAAUCUCAAUCACAGGGGGAGAAAGUACUAAGGCAAAAAGUGAAUUUGAUAAAGGAGGAAUCCUGAGGUUUGGAUAACCAAAUAAAAAAUAAAAAUCAGAAGAGUUUAGUUCUGAAAAGUACUAACUAACUAACUACAACAUGUUAGUUUAAGGGACUGGCUUUGUGUCCAAGGCAAGAAAGUACCUGUAUGUGAAAACUAGAUCACUCCCGCUUUCGUCUUCUGCCGGGUGAGUGACCCCAGUGUUAGGCUUUUCGCCAAAGAGGUCUUUGCUUAACCCAGUCUGGGUCUAUUUUUAUCACUGUGCUGAUACUCCUCAGAAUGGAGCCGACUCCCAAACUUCUAGCUGGACUAAUCCUGCUGACUCUCUGUGUGGUGGGUUGCUCUGGUCAACACUGGUCCUAUGGGCUGCGCCCUGGAGGAAAGAGAAAUGCUGAGAACGUGAUUGAUUCUUUCCAAGAGAUAGCCAAAGAGGUCGAUCAGCCAGUGGAACCUAAGCGCUGCGGGUGCAUUGUUCACCAGUCCCAUUCUCCUCUGAGGGACCUGAAAGAAGCUCUGGAAAGUCUGAUUGAAGAGGAAACUGGGCAGAUGAAGAUAUAAAUCCACAGGACCAGAAAAACUGAUAACACUGAAGUAUAAUUCUGAUUUUGAAAUCUGUGACCCAUUUAACAUCUGUAAAUUGUGUGAAUUUCAGAAAUUCUUACACCAGGUUGCAUGGAUUUCAUGAUGGAAGUGCUUGUAUUGGGAAUAAAAUGGCAUAAAUGUUAA